UCAGAUUCAGCACCAGCUUCAAGUCCAGGCUGAAAAAGUCUCAAAUAAACAAUGCAGGUGUAAAUAUUGUCAGUAUUUAUAUAUAUAUUUGCUCUGUGUUUGAUUGCGAUUCUGCGAAUAUUAAUAUUAAGCGUAAUGAGGUGAUAUUGAUUACGGUCAGUUUGGCGCGAACGCUGCUGUUAAACGCAACAUUUGCUAUGCUAUCUACAGAAACAAAUGCUGCUGCCAGUAUACACACUUGAGCGAUACUUCUGUUCAUUUUACUUUAUUUGAACGUCGAUAACAUCUUUCGUGUACUGGCGUGCAUUCGUGAAACAACAUUAAUUUAUCAACAUAUUUUAACGACACGCGAAAUGAAUGGGUCUCGAGCCACGCUACAUAACACGACACGUGCAUAAACGUGCAAAGAAGAAACAUUCACGUUAGAAGACGCCGUGUAAAAUGUCGUCGGAGGCGGACAAGCUGACGUGGACGCUGACAGGAGCUACAUUCGCUUGUGUUUUAGCGGUGUAUGUAGCUUGCGCUGCUCGAACUGUACCCGGUGGAGACUCAGGAGAGCUGAUCACUGCUGCUUGUGAGCUGGGGGUGGCCCAUCCUCCAGGAUACCCCCUCUUCACCAUGCUCUCCUCUCUGAUGCUUACGCUGUUGCCGCUCAGCUCACCGGCUCACAGUAUCAAUGUCCUGUGUGCUGUCUUUGGGGCUGGGGCCAGUGGGGCACUCUGCUUCACUGUCUGCAGGGUGGCGGGCCCCGGUCCAGGAGCCGUCCUGGCAGGAGGAGUGUUUGCUGUGUCCAGACUGGUAUGGCAGUGGUCGGUCGUAGCUGAGGUCUUCUCCCUGAACAACCUGUUUGUGGGUGUCCUCUUCUCCCUCUCAGCCAGUUUCCAUUAUGCAGAAAGUGUAAAUCAGAAGAAGAAGUUUGCUCUCUGGGGGGCACUGUGCUGUGGUCUGUGCCUGUGUAAUCAACAUACACUUGUCUUGUAUGUUGUCAUCAUAAUUCCCUGGGCUCUUCUGCAGCUCUACACUCAUGAUGGAUUGUCUUUCUUUGGUCUGGUGUCUCUGGGGACGUGUUUCAUGGCUGGCAUUGUGCCCUACAUCUACCUGCCCAUUUCCUCCUAUUUGAACAGAGCUCGCUGGAGCUGGGGAGACCAGACGUCUGUCAGCGGCCUCCUCAUACAUCUACUCAGAGCUGAAUAUGGCACUUUCAGCCUGGCAAAAACUAAAGAAAACCUGAACCUCAAGGAGAUGCUACAGGCCCAGUGGACUCACUGUAUGAAUGAUUUGUCUAUUCCAGUAUUAGUGUUGGCAGGUCUAGGCAUUCUCCUCUCUCUGUGGAACAGACGGCGCUGUGUUUUUGUCUGGUUGAUGGUCACUAUGGUGAGCGUCUACUCUGUGUUCUUUGCUUGGAGAGCAAACCUGGAUAUUGAGAAGCCACUGCUACUAGGAGUGGUGGAGCGGUUCUGGCUGCAGGCUGAUGCUGGGGUGUGUGUUCUGGCUGGUCUGGGUCUGAGCUGGGCCUUACGAUGGCUGGGCAGGCAUCUUGGAUGGGGGACAGCGUGGAGCACAGGGGCCUGGAUUCUCACUGCAGGCUUCAUCUCACACAUGAUCAGCUUAAAUCAUAGGGAGUGUGAUCAGAGCAGUAAUAACGUUGUGGAAAGGUUUGCUCGUGAGGUUGUGUUCUCAUUACCGGAGGGCUCGUUGGUGCUGACGCGAGGUGAUCUCCCUGGCAACACGUUGCGCUACCUGCACUACUGCCAGGGUCUCCGACCAGACCUCAGCCUUGUUGACCAAGAGAUGAUGACCUAUAGCUGGUAUGUGGCUAAACUCCAGAAGCAUUUUCCCGGAGUGAAGUUUCCUGGGCGCUGGUGGGAUCCGGUCAACUCUGCGGAAAAGAAAACAUUCAGUAUUGAGCAGUUUCUCAAGCACAAUAUGCACAGGCCUGUAUUCGUGUGUAUCGGCCUAACAGAGGGUGACCCCAGCUGGGAGAAAAGUUUCUCUCGCUGGCCCUGGGGCGUCUGUGAGCAGCUGGUACCCAUCGAGACCCCAUUUGACCCAGAGAAAUGGGCCAAGCAUACACUUCACCUUUACAACUGGAACCAGCCACAUGACAGCUUCCACCCUGGUUCCUGGGAGAGAGUUGCCAAUGACGAGAUGUGGCAGGCUAGGAUGAAGACAGCUUUCUUCCUGUUUGAUCUGGCUGAGAAGAUGGAGAGAGAACAGCAGGCUCGUCUCUAUGAGAUCUCCUACAAUCUGUAUUGUCAAAUAGUGGACGCCCAAGUAGACUACCCAGCCAACUGGGAUAAGAACCUGGCUCUAGCCGCAGAACGUUUGCUGCGCUCAGGGGGCAGAAGUCACGGUCCAGAUACCCUCCUGAGUCGCAGCAUCAGCCACUUUAGCCGCUACCUUCAGAGAGAACCCACCGAUCCCCAGAGCAAAGCCAUUCGCUCGGUCAUCACACACCUCAGGAAAGAGAGGGACAAACUCAGAGACAUACAAAAGGGCUGAGACUGGAUGUGGCAGAGAAAUUGUAUAAAACAAGACUGAAAGCCUUCGAAAUCCUAAAAAAACACCUACUCUACACAUAAUAGGUGCCCCCUUGGACAGGGGUAAACUACACAAAAAGGAAACAGAGAAGGUAACAAAUUUAAAGAGAAUCUCAAAAGAGUGCAGGUAUGACCAAGUUUUUAUAGACAAAGAUUUGCACAGUAAAAUGAACUUGAUUUGCUAAAAUGGACACAAAUACAGUGGCCCCCAAAAGUAUAAAAUAAUGAAUAUCAUUACAUUAGAUAACAGAAAACUAAGCAAGUGGCAUUUAUUUUAAAGAAAGUAAAGCACAAGCACUCUUUUCAAGCAAAACAAAAAGAAGUUUUGUACCUUUAAAUUUAUAAAAUAAUAGAUGUGUUCAAAAUGAAGACAAUGUAUUUGGACACUUUCUGGUUGUCAAACUUUAAUAAAAGAUGGCCGUAGUUCAUGUGAUGAACUUGAUGGAAACUGACAUACUGUACAUCCACUCAAACUAUUUUGUAAUAAAAUAACAUUCAACCAUUUUAAGGGUGGCCUAAGCAUUCAAAUACUUUUUGGGGCCUCUGUAAAUCAGAACGUAUUUGUUUUGCACUGAGGUAUUUUAUAUUGCGUAGGCUACUGAUCCACAUCCUCAUUAUUGUAGUAGCAGAAUGAGACAUCCAUUUAGUUUGAUAGAACUGAUUUCAAUAAAAAGGUCUGAUGAUGUACAAUGUCAGUUAUACUGAAAUAAUGGGUUAAAUAAACUGUAUGGCCAAAAGUAUGUGGACAUUCCCUUAUAAUUAACAGGUUUGGCUAUUUCAGUUAUUCCAGUGAAAACAGAAGUUACUGUUACACAAUUCAAUGACUAUUAAGAAUUAUUUGCUUACAAAUGUGUUUAAAUAAAGAAAGGGUUUACUGAUGAAUUGGGAUGAAUUGGAAUGCCAACAGCGAACCAGGCCCCAUCCAUCUGUACCUGACCUCACUGAUAUCUGUUUCUUGUUGAACAUUUUAUUCAAAAGCAUGGGCAUUUAUCCUUUCCUUUGCUGCUUUCACAGCUUUUACUCUUCUGGAAAGUCCUUCUGCUAGAUGUUGGGAAAGUGGCUACAGAAAUUUACUCCCAUUAAGACAUAAGAGCAUCAGUGAGGUCAGACAACGAUGUUGGAUGGUGGGGUCUGGCUCACAGUAGGUGUUCCAAUUCAUCCCAAAGGUGUUCAAUGGUGUUCAGGUCUGGGCUCUGUACAGGCCAGUCAUUUAUUUAUGGACCACGCUGUAUGCACAUAUUUAGUCCAACAUGACAACAUUGCCAUGUUGGAGGCCUCACUAAACUGUUGUAAUAAAAUUGAAUGGACACAAUUCUCUAGAAUGUCAUUGUAUGCUGUACCAUCAAGAUUUGUCCUCACAGAAAUUACUAGAAUAGCCAAAGCCAUUAAUUAGAAGCGUAGAAGUGCCACAUACUUUUGGCCAUAUAGUGUAUUUGCUAAACAUGCUGAACAACAACACCCAAGGCUAAAUAUUACCAUAUGAUACUGUUAAAGUUUUUAUUUUUAUUUUGUUGAUGUCCUACAUGUUAUUAGAGAAUUUCCACACAGAAGGUAAGGAACACACUCUUGUAAACUGAAUCUCAAGUGAAACUCUAAAAGACUUUACAAUGUUUGUGUGUUUCUGAUGUAAUAAAAUUUUCACA